UGGUUAGACUGUAGUUACCUUUCAGUCAUCCACACGACAACUCCAAAGAUUAGUAGUGUACCGCCGCUGCCUGCUUCGGCUAUUCCCGCUCGCUGAACAUCAUCGGAAUAAGCGAAUAGCGAGAGGACAAGUCAACAAUCCGCCGCCCGGUCUCCCUCUCAACGAGCUCCCAAUCGUUUCGCCAACCCAACAACACAGCGAAGCGACGACAUCCAAACGAAACGUUUCCCAUAUACCAUCAUACCUCCGCAAUGGCCGCCCCGAAAGAACUGUUCUCCGCCGAUCUCCUCUCCCCCGAGGUACAAUCAGCCCUCCCCGAGGGCUACAAGUUGCGCGCGCUUCGCCCAACUGACUAUGACACUGGCUUCCUCGACUGCCUCCGUGUCCUGACCACGGUAGGCGACAUUACCAAGGAGCAGUUCCAGGACCGUUACGACUGGGUCUCGCGACAGGACAGUGGCUACUUUAUUCUCGUCAUUGAGGACACCAACAGCAGCCCACCCAGAGUGGUCGGCACCGGCGCUGUGUUGGUUGAGCGCAAGUUCAUCCACAAUCUCGGGUCAGUCGGACACAUCGAGGACAUCGCAAUCGCCAAGGACCAGCAGGGCAAGAAGCUGGGUCUCCGUAUGAUCCAGGCGCUGGACUUUAUCGCCGAGAGGACGGGCUGCUACAAGACCAUUCUCGACUGCAGCGAAGCCAACGAGGGCUUCUACGUCAAGUGCGGCUUCAAGAGGGCGGGUCUGGAAAUGGCACAUUACUAUCAGAACACAAAGAGCAAAGCUUAGAAUGCUGCCAAAAUCUAGAAUAAUCAUGUUCUUUGCUUUCUCGACUCGGUAUGGAAUGGAAAUGCUGACUGACCUCUUUGGCUGCAUCGGAUGCGGCUUGGAGGGUGAUUCGUUCGUGGCCGCCGUCUGUGUCGGAGCUUCUUCAGCUGUACUCGGAUCCGGCACAAACGAUGCUCAAUGAUGACGCUACCCGAGACAUG